AUGGCGGCCAGGGGCGGCAGGCACGGCAGGCCGGGGCGGGGACCCCGCUGGCGAGGGCGCGGCAGGGGCGCCAAGCGACCCAGGGAUCCCGCGACCGGCGCCACAGGGCCGAUCACAGGUCACGCGGCCAAGAAGCUGAAAGGGUCCAAGAAGCCCGAUGAGGCAGCCAGGCUCCAGGAGGCGAUCGACAGUGGGGCGCUCGCGGCAGGGGCGGAAGCCAAUGGCACCCAGGCGGGGUCCGAGGGCAAGGGGUACGCUGCGGCAAGGGAAUUUGACGAAUUGCCGAUUUCGAAGGGGAUGAAGAGGGGCCUGGCGGGCGCGAGCUACGUGACAAUGACGGCGAUCCAGAGAGCCGCGCUGCCGCACGCGCUGGCAGGGAGGGACGUUCUGGGCGCAGCCAAGACGGGGUCGGGGAAGACGCUGGCUUUUGUGAUACCGGUCAUCGAGCUUUUGUUUCGCAAACACUGGUCGUCUCUUGAUGGCCUGGGCGCCCUCAUCAUAUCUCCAACAAGGGAGCUGGCUAUGCAAAUAUUCGAGGAGCUAAUGAAGGUCGGCAAGCACCAUGACCUAAGUGCCGGGUUGCUGAUCGGUGGAAAGAAUGUCAAGGAAGAGCAGGAGCGCAUCGACCGGAUGAACAUUCUUGUGGUGACCCCAGGCCGGCUGCUGCAGCACAUGGAUGAGACCUACGGCUUCGAUGCAACCAACCUGCAGAUCCUGGUGCUCGAUGAGGCAGACCGAAUUCUUGACAUGGGCUUCCAAGGGCCCAUGAACGCGAUCCUGGAAAACCUGCCAAAGGAUCGCCAGACCCUCCUCUUCUCUGCAACACAAACCAAAUCUGUCAAAGACUUGGCUCGUCUGAGUCUGACUGACCCAGAGUUCCUGGCAGUCCAUUCUGAGGCCACCACAGCCACCCCUGUGAAGCUCCAGCAGUCUGUGAUCACGUGCAGGCUUGGCGACAAGGUCACAGUGCUGUGGUCGUUCAUCAAGUCUCAUCUGAAGGCAAAGACGUUGGUGUUUGUGUCCACAUGCAAGCAG